AUGUACGAACAACACGCGGCCGAACUGCAGUUGUUGGUCACAAACUUUCGUAAGAAAAACAUCGAUCUUCGGAAAGACAGGUGAUUAUAAAUAAAUAUAAUUUGUCAGUACGUUUUUUUCUCGGAGAAAAUAUUUCAAAACUUUUUUCUUUUAUUUUGUAUUAAGUGAAAGAGAUAAAAGCCAAAAUAUUUAGAAUAUACGAGAAAUUGCACGUUUAUGUUGAAGUCAGUUUCUUAUUUCACUCUGAGAUUAAUGUAAUUUAAUAUUUUUUUAUACGCCCGAAAAUAACGAGCCUCCUAAAAACUUUGAAACGCCCAUUUUAUUCUACAUAAUAAAAUAUACUCAGCCAAAUAAAAACAACAGUUUGCAUAUUAAAAAACAAACAAAUUAAACGAAAAUUUUACAUUUUAAUAUUUGCUCUUUCGCAGGCCCUCGUUCCCUAGUCAAUUGUUCUACACGUGGGAGACGUUUCUGCAAGAAGUGGAAACGGACUCAAAAUCAAUCAGCGACGUGGCCACCGUACUCGGUCGACAAAUUUCAAGACCGCUUUUGGACAGGUCGUAUUAUCGAAAAGUACAGUCGCGUAAAGUGUUUAGCCAAAGAGACUCGUUGGAAUUGAUCUUACAAAAAGCCGAAGACAAAUUAGCAAAAGUAUGUAUUAGUUAUAGUGUACAAUUUCGUAUUAAACCUAAAAUGUAUUUAUACUUUCAAAAUUUAUUUAAAAAUCUCAAUUUUGUUUUUUUUAGAACUCUCAAUAAUACGUUAAUGUAAAAUAUUAUAUUUUUCGAGGUUAUGUUAUGAACAUAUUUUAAUAAAAUACGUAAAUAAGUCUUCUACUUCUCCUUCGCCUUCAUCACAACUACUUUGGGACAGCCAUCCUCGUUCUAAACAUCCACUUAACUCGAACUUCCACCUCACUACAUAAGUUGUCCUCAUUACAUUCUCAAUUGCAUUAAAUCACCUCUGUUUCAAUAUUCUUCUUCCUCCUCUUUCCUCCUAAGUUUAUAUUCAUUGAAAUUCUUACUUAUAAAAAUAUUUUAAAUUCUAAAUAAUACGUUAUGGAAUAAAAUUAAUAUACUUUAUUGACACUUAAAACAUUUUUCUUUUCGCAUUACCGGACCAACAGUUUACUAUUAUUACAAAGUUGAAAAAAAUUCUUAUACAUUAUAAAAAACAAAUUUUUAAUAAUAAUAUAUAUAUCAAUAGCAGCAAAACCAUUAUGGUCUACUAUUUAUAUAAUAUAGUGUAUGAUGUAAAAAAACACUACAUACAGCAAUUUUAAUACAAAAAUAUCGUAAUAACUGGAACCGUCCGCAGUGUUGCUAAUAAAAUUAGGUUACUAAAAUUCCGACAUACACUUAAUAAUAUUGAUUUACAAAAAAAAAAUAAACUAUAAUAUAUAAUAUAUUACGUAUUGUUAUAAACUGUGGCGGUGAAUAUUAAUUCAUCCGAAGGUUAAAACUAACGCGUAAUUUAAAGUGCAGUGCGUCUGCAGAUAUAGUCGUGUGAUUAAAAUAAUAAUAAAGCAGCGCAUAUUCGAGUAAUCCGAACUUUAAAAGCUUAGUGCCGUACGCGUAUAUCUCUUAUAUAUAUAUAUUAAAAUAUAAUACCGAGUUCGCAAACAAUAGUAUUACCCAUUUUGAAAAUCGUAUAUAUAAUAUUAUCAUUAUCAACGAAUUUUUAAAUUUCUAGUUGACAUCAUACGUCUUUUUUAAUAUAUAUACAGGUUAUCAUAAAAAUGAACAUAUUUAGGGAUGACGUGUGUGUUGCGUUGAAAAGAAAAAUCACCCUCUAUAUGCGUUUUUAUAUUGUAAUAUUUUCUUCUGCAUAUCCGUCAAGUAUUGUUUUCAGGUGCUCGUAUUAUUAUUAUCAUUUAGAAAUUAAAUCAACAAGAUAAAUAGCAAGUCGAGUGGGUAGGAUACGCAAAUUAAUUUUAUUUAUAUCUGUACGAUAAAUCAUUGCUUACAGAAUACGAUUCUGAGCAAAGUUCGGAUAAACGUGUUUUGAAACGCCGUAGUUCAUACAAAUUUUUCUUAUUAUUUUAUUAAAAAAACUAAACUACUACAUCAAACUCAACUUUUUUUUUUUAUCACAUACACUUUGAAGUUUCUUAUGUUCCGAAUUAUUACUUUCCGAAUUCUUACGUUCCAGAACAUUACAUUCCGGAAUAUUACGUUCCGGAUUAUUGCAUAAGACAAAGUUAAUGUUUGUAACCGAGACCAAGACCAAUACUAAGAUUGUGUCUGCAAGAACGAGAUCAUGAUUAAGACUGUCCUCGGUCUUGGUUUCCUAAUCACUAAUUAAAAUAAACUUGAAUGAUUUCAUAACAAUAAUAAACAGAAAUAAAAUUCACUUAAAAUCAUCCGCGAAAAUUUCUAAUUCAUGAUAAAAAAAGAUCACCCUGUAUUUUUCACUGUAUUUAUUUAUACAAUAAUAAUUAUUUGUGUAUUACGUAAAAUCGACGAAAAUUGAAUAUAAAACAUUAAUUAUUCAUUUUUUUUUUCGGAACAGUUUUUUUUUUCAAUUAUAUCUGAAUAAUAAAUAAACCACUAUCUAUAUAUUUCCGUUCGUUUACUUCGUUAAAUAUUUCAAGUGCAGUAUAUAGAAGACUCAAUGCGUUUUAGAGUGCUUAAUAAAUCAUAAGAUCAAUAAUCUAACGGGGACCGUUACUCGUUAGAUUAUUGAUAUUAUUAUAACAACGCUCACAAAAGGAGAAUCAUUUUUAUAAAAGUAUUUUUUUAUUAUCUUUACCUACUCUUAUAUGAAGUACAACGUAAAAAUUAAAAACCAGCAUAAUUUUGUUUUACCUAAUUUAGUCAUAUAUAUCAAAAAAAAUAAAAAUUGAUAUGUAGGUAUUUUUGUAUAAUUAUAAUAAUAAUUGUACAAUAAUCUUUUAGUGUCGAGAAGAUUACAAACGUUCCUUUCUCGCCCAGCUGUCGUCUCCAAAUAGCUCAGCGUCCCUAUCCUCGUAUCUCGAUGCCCACAACGCCUACGUAACUCAGCUGCACGCGACCAACGGUAUGGUUAACCAAUAUAACCAACACGUACUGCCGCAACUCCUACAGGUAAUUUAACUUAGUAAAACAACAUGUUUUAUGUGAACAUUUUUCAAGAACAAAUUUAUUAAAUUACAAUUUUAAAUUGUGUGUGUUUCUUAAAAUAAUUUGAUCGAGGUAAAAGAAAUUCAUAAUCUUCAUCCGCAUUGAUUAAAUUAUUUGACAAAAAACUAACACUGAAAACUACUGGAUUGGUACUUUUAUUAUAAAUUUAUAGAUUCUGAGUGGAGCAAAGACGCUUAUGGUUUUACAAAGGUGUUUUUUUUUUUUUUUAACUAUGCGCAACUUUUCUACCAGAAAUCUUGCUUCGAUUUACAAUGAUAGCACUUUUUCUGAAAGGAAAUCUAACUGGGGUGGUACUUUUUUUUUGGUAAUUUCUUGAUUUUUUCAGGAGUUUUCUCAACAUAUUAGAAAAACAGGAAAACAAAUGGGGGAACGAAAAGAAUAGGUACAAUUUUAAACAAAUAACUAAAUUAAAUUAAUAAAUAAAUUAUUAAUUAAUUUAAUAAAUUAAAGAAAAUGUUUAAUGUAUAAGUAUUUUAUCAUAAUAUGCUAUAUAUAUUGUUGACAAAGCAAAACUAUCAACUGAAUUCCGUUCAGAAUCGUUUUUUUUUUUGUUAGCAAUGAUUUAUCGUUGCUUAUAAAUGUACAUUAAAGACCCGUCUACUCAUGUGAGAAUUACAUCUGUCUUUUUUAAAAAUAUUAUUUCCUAAUCAGAAUUUUGUCAUGGUUCUGUGGUAUACAAAAUAUGAUGAAUUUUUUUCUAUGAAAUUAACAAUAUACAAUUGUAUUAUUAUUUAGCCACAUCGAAAACCACCAUAUUAUUAUACACAUAUCUAAUAUGAUUACCGUUUUAUUUCAGGAAUUAGAAGACGUAUAUUCCGACUUGUGUGUGUCUUUGUCCGACGCCGUUUUCCAGGGAUCUGAUAUAAUCUACACUAAAGUAUGCUUAAUGACGCUUAUUUCCACGCCUCCUCUCUUGACUAUUUCAUUCUUAUUAUUUUGUAAUAACUUUGUUUCCGGCAGUCGAAUGACCAGUCGAAGAGGUACAACGCUUUAGGGUCACAAUGCCGGCAGCUGACACCGAGUUCGGAUUUGGCCGCGUUCGCUCGGUCCUUGAUUCCUUUGCCGGCCCCGCCACAUUCAUCGCAACGGACCCGAUGUUAUUGUCCACCCCAAGCUCCAGCGGACACCGAAGGCAUGGUUUUGGAUCCAGUGGUGACGGUAUGCGAUCAGCUAUUUAUUUCGGUUUUAUAGGUACGAGAAUUAAUAUAUUUUAUUAUUACAAUAUUGUCAUAGGAGGCCAUGGCGCAGCUGGCGCUAAAAAAUGACUUGGUCGUCGACAGACUAGCUAGCCUAGACGUGAAGGCUGGAUACGAUACUAUAAGGGCUGAACUAAUGGAUCUCGAGUCUCAAAUGAAACAAAUACAAGAUUCGGUGGAAACGCUCAAGCGCUUACAACAAAGGUUUUUUUGAUUAUUAUUUACUGAUGUUUUCACGGAGGGAGGGUGGUAAAUCUAACCACUGGUAAAAUUUAGAUCGAUGUAUUGAUUAUUGUAAAUUUCAUAUACCUAUACAUGAGAUACUGUCAGGAGUUUGUAUUGUAAUGAUGUUACGUGAAGGUUUAUAAUUAAGGUUGAAAAUAAUUUCAUUAAUAGGUUGCUAUAUUUACGUGAAAAGUUCAAACUGCUAAAUAUAUAUUAUAAAUGCCGGAUAGAUACUUUGUAGUAUAAGGAUAGGGCAGUAGAAAAGGAAGGUUGGUCACGUUAUCAUUGCAAAACUAAAAACAAGAUUAGGUUAAGCAAUUAAUAAGUCGUUUUUUAUUUCACGUGCAAUCAGGAGAACCCAGAAUAAAAAUAAAAAUGUCAAAAUUCAAAUGUGAGAGUACAUACAAUUUGAAUUCAUAAAUAUAAUGUCGGUAUUAUAUAUUUUUUUAAAAAAAACUAGAAAAACGAUUCGAUUAAAGUCUUUGAGCCUCUGAACAAAUUUUUUACCGACCGAAACAAAAAAAAAAAUCUUAGUAAAACUGAAAAAUAUAGAUUUUUCUCGCUUCACUCAUGAAAAUAAAAGAUACAAUUAUUCAAAGGGGGGAGGGUGGAUGUACGAGGAUUCUCGUUUAAACUUUUUAAUUCUGUGAUGGUCAUGAUUAAUCCCCUUAUAAAUUAAGUUUUUGUUUUUAUUAAUUAAUACUUAAUUUAUAAUAUUUAAUAUUGUUAUUUUACGAGCCGUGGUGUUGAAAUUCGACACUAAUCGCUAUAAUACAAUAGUGACGACCGUCGAGCACAACUUUGGGUACAAAGCUAUAUGACAUCUGCAAUUACGGACCUAGAAACGAUCCGAAUCCGGCGGCGGUGGCGGCAGACAGGGAUAACAUCAGACGACUGAAAUCUACCGGAUAUACUACGAAGACGUGUGUUUUAUCAUACGGAAACAAACGACGGUGUCUUCGCCGCCUUUGGGGACGACCCCUGAAUCGUAUUAUUUAUCGUCGUUGGUUGGUGAUCCCGAGACAAAAGCAUAAUGAUCACAAUAUGACAAGUCGUCGAUUCGAUCGAAAUAAAUAUAAUAAUAAUACACCAAACAAAAUUCGAGAUGCUUUUUUUCUCUUGUUCCCCUGUUUAAUGCUGCCCCGCCUCCAACGUAGAAAUUUGUUAUCUUUGUUGUGUUAGUGUUUUUUUUAUUUUGUUGUAUUAUUUUAAACUUUUUAUUCAAUGUAUAUUAUAAAACGGUAGCACAAACAAAAACUAAACUGCCAACCCUUUGUUUCACUUUUUUUUUUCACCCCCGACGGAUAUGCGUAUCUUCAUUUAUCAUUUUUUUUUUUUAUUUUGUAUUUAUACGAAGUCCGGCCAUUUUCGCCCGUUUGAUUUAAUCAAACGGAUUUCGUUUCACAGUUAUAUGUGUAUAAUAAUUAAUUGAAAUAUUAAAAUAUAAAAAUAAUACUUUUUUCGAUCCGCUGAACGUCGCAGUUAAUAAUAACAACAACAAUAAUAAUAAUAUUGGUGUUUUUUAAUCUAUAUGCGGAAUAUAAAAUAUUAUUUAUAUAUAAAACUCGUCCGACCCCAUAAAUCAUACCGUAUAUUAUUAAUAUUCGAGUUGUGUUUCGUUAUUAUCGACAUGCGUAUGUAUGUAUCGUUUAGUUUACUCUGCAGUAAACAUGACGUACGUAUACUUGGGUGGUACUUAUUUUCCGAAUUAGGCAAAAAAAAAAAAAAAUUAAAUGCCUCGUCAUUGUAUGAUAAUUUUCAAAUUCAGUGCAUUUAACUGUUUAAUAUUUCGACUAUAGCCUGUACAUUGCGUUCACCCUAAGAGGUACCACUAAAUAUUUCAGUUGGAUGACCCAGUAUUAAAAUGGAAUUUUCGGGAAACGAUAGGUAGUACCCAAAUACAUAUUUUCAGACAAAUUUAAAAUUUUUAACCCUUUUGGUACGCGCGUGCGUAAUACAACUUACUUUUUUUUUAAAUGACAACACCAUUUUUUUUCUACAGAUUCGGAUAAAGUAUUUUAUUUAAAACAAUUUUUGUUUGAAAAAUGUUUUUUUAAUUACAACAUCGGAAAAAUUAUAGUGUGUUGAAAUUUAAUAUUUACGAAUAAUCUGUUAUUGACGAUAUUUUAACUAUGUUCAACUUAUAUUCGAAAAUCGAAAUGAUAUCUUUGAUAUUGUGAAAUACCUGUUUGCUGACAGAUAAAAUAAAAAUAAACACUUCAGUUCAUUUUAUAAGGGCAUUUAAAAAAUAUCGUAUACGUGGAUCCUUCUAAUAAUGUUCAAGAUUUAAAAACGAAUUACGAGUAGCAUGUAAUAAUUUGAGAGAAGACCAAAUAAACGGUGCCACAUCAAGGUAAUUUUUAAACCAUUUGGAAUCAUGUUCGGAACAUCAAGGCGGAAACUUUGAAUAAUGUAUUUGAUAAAAAAAUAAUAGUUGCAAAUAAAUACAUCUUACUUUCAAAUUCAUAGUGUGUACAUUUUUAUAAUUUCCGUUGUUCGAUUUGUCUAUUAUCGAAGGUAAACUUUAGUUAUCCAUUAUAUAUUAAUCCCUUUUUCUAUCGUCUCUCACCAUUUCACUCAUCCGCCUAAAUAUUUUCAUCUCUGAUACACUCAUUCUCUGUUUUAUUUUUCUGUUUACCUCCUAAUACAAUAAAAUCUCACUACACUUGUAUAGAACUUAACUUUAAGUUUCAUUGGAAUUCUCUUGCUACAUAAAAGCCUAAAAGAUAUUUUAGCUCAAGUUGUCUAGAUGGUACUUUAAAGUUGUCAUUUUUUGAUUUUCGAAAACGAUUUAAUCGAAAAAUCACUAGAAUCAAACAAACCUUUUUUGUUGCCUUUUUGAUUUAAUUUCUUGCGGUAUCAUCUUCAAAACUUUUAAACCACUUCUGAGCUUUUAAGGAAUUUUAAUUUUUGUGAGUUUUUUGCUGUGAUUCGGUUAUAAAUACACGUAGAUAUUUGAAAUUCAUUAAUACUAUAUAUAUUGGACUUACCUAGACGUGGUAAAAUUUUCAAAAUCAUUGGAUAACUUUUUUUUUUUAAUGAACGUUUUAAAAUUAAAUUUAAACGAAAAUCGCCAAAAAAUGGCACUUCAAGUUAUGUAUUACCGAACUGCGCUUGGAAUCGUCUUUCAUCAAGCAAUGGUUUAUCGUUGCAUAUAGAUAUAAAUAAAAUAACCUUAUGUCCUACCUACUUUUCACCUACAACAGUGGCCGCUCCCAUCCUUAGUAUCAGCUUUUUCUAAGGUUUUUUUUUUUUGUAUUGUAUCUACUAAAUAUAUUUAUAUAUUUGUUUUGUAUAUGACACAAUUGGCAUGAAAAUAAUACAGCUAAGUCAUUAGAAGAUUUUUAAUUUAAAUAUAUUUAUUACUUGUAGCCUAUAGGUAUCCACUUUGAGAUUUGGAAAAAGUAUCCUAAAAAAUAUAUAAAUUAUGGGAUAAGUUUGGGUACGUUAACUGUUGUAAAUAUUAAGUACCUAAAUAAUAUUAUAUACAAUUAUAAUACAGUAUAACCAUUCCUUUUUGAAAACUGGUCUAUUAAACUGUACCUAUUAAUGUAAUUAAUUACAUAAUAAGUUUAUAUGCUGUAUACAUUUUAAUUAAUUUUAGAUUUUUAUUUGUACUUGGUUUCAAAUUUGAAAUAUGAAUCUAAACCAGGAGUGUCCAACUUUUUGUGAAGACAGGACCACAUCAUGUAAACAGAAGUUAUUGUGGGCCACACACAUUUUAACAAUAAUCCAUUUAAUUUAUAAUUUUUACCAUAGUGAAUAAUAAAUAGAAAUAUUUUGAAGAGCUAUUGUAUUUUAUUUAUAAUUGCAAGAAAAAAUAUAUUUAUUCGUGAUUAAAACAAAACAUUUUUAAAAUAAUUGCAUUGUUAUUUUAGUUACAUUAGUUUCUUUAUCGCCAUCAGAUUCCAAUAAAGAUAAAACGUUCAUAUAAUAGUAUAUACUAUUAAGUUAUAUUUAAAUUUUUUUAAAUUGUUUUACAUUCUUAAAAUAAAUUUUUUCUCAAUUUUUUCUCUUUAAUUAAUUGAUGAUUUUAAAUUGAUGUGAGGGCCAUAUUAAAAUCUACCGUGGGCUGCAUGCGACUCGGGUGCCACGGGUUGGACAUCCCUGAUAUUAACAAACUUUAAAAAGAUUGUGUAUGUUAGGUAUAAAUGUUCUUAUUUGUAUUUAUUUUAAAAUUAAAUUUUAUGUAUUUUAUUGAAUUUCAAUGUAAUUUCCACUAUACCCUAACUAAACAUAUUUUUGUAACUAUUGCGGAUACCUUAAGUCUCAUGUUACUUGUUUAUCAAUUCGAGUUAAGAUAGUUUUAAACGAUUUGCUGUUAUAUUUUUUAUUUUUUAUCUUUGCAAUUUGUUGGCACACCACAUAGAUUCAUAGGUAAAGAUAUAUGAAUAUUAUUCUCUGUUCGUUUUCUAAUAUAUUACAUACAAAUUAUUAUAAUUUUGUCGGUUUUGUAUUGUAACAUAUACAUCACAAAGAACCCUGAUAGCUUCAUAUAUGAGUAUAUUCUAAUUGUUCAUGGAUUUCUCGUAAUACCUAGAAUCUAGAUGAACGUUGUUUGAAAUUGAUUUUCACACUUGUUUCUUUAAAUUUAAUAUAAAACAUAUGUUUGUAUAUUUUGUCUAUUUAUGUGUAAAGAAUUAUUAAUUCUAAUAAUAUUUUAACUAAUAGAUUUUAAUUUUUGAUUUAUACCCUAAGUGAAAUUAAUUUCAAUAUCUUUAAUAUUAAUCUGUUACAUGGCAAUCAUGAUAGACGAUCGCUAGUUUGGUUCUGAUCACACUCGUUGUUCUCAGAUUUUUCACCAUGCUCCCAUUAUUCCAUGUUAAUUCUUUUGUUUUGUUACGGCUAUUGUUAUAUUAAUCUAUUUAGUAUUUUCUUACGAGUCCACAUAGUAGAUUCCAUCCAGGGGUUAAAUUUUCAGUUGGAGGGACACACACAGAGGCUUGCAAUUCUUGCAUAGUUGUUUGCUAAUUCAAAAAAAAAAAAAAUAAAUAAAUUAGUAAAACGUUGUACACUAGUAAAAUGUGAAUUCGGAUAGGCAUUCUAAGUAUAUCAUCACAUUCGAUUUUCGAUGAAAUUGUAUUAUUGCAUUUAACUCAUUUUUUUUCUGAUAAUAAUUGAGGCAUAAAAUAUUUUAAUUUAUUGUACCCAUGAUUUAUUGGGUUUUUAUUUAUUUCGUAUUGCAUUGAAAUCAUCGGGCACGUAGGCAUUUGGUAUAAUACUAUUAUAUUAAAAAGACAAUUAUUAUAGUAGGUACUAUACGGUAGUUAAAAGUCAAAAAGUGAAUUCAAUCGUAUAAUAUUUCUAUCGUCGUUAUCCGUCCUAAAUUAUAAUAAUUAAUUGCCGUGUACAUACCUAAUUGUAUAAGUGUAAUAUUUGACAUGUUUGGAAAACAUUAUAAAUAAUGCGUUUUUCAUUUAUAACUUCUAAAAUGAAAGGGGAUUUUAUACGAAAAAUUUGACAUUAUUUGCUGGCAUAAUUAAUAUUUACUUUAUUAAUCUGCAUUUGCCAAACCUGUUCAAAACAAAAGUGGUUUCGAUUUUGGUUUUGAUUUUAGGCGUUCUACGCAAAAAUUUGUAAAACGACGAACACUUUGUCCAAAUUAUCGUCUUGAACAUAGUAAUAAUAUACAAUUUUAGAUCGGUAAACAGCAGAAUUUCGUCAUAAGAAAAAAAAACAAAUAAAUGCUCAUUGAUAUAGGUACGAAAUUGUGCCAAAUUUAUAUGAGACAUUUUAUAAUAUUCACAUGCAUUAGUUUUUUUGUUGUUUUUUUUUUUACUAUAAGCAAUGCUCAUUCGAAUGUAUCUAAAUAAAAUUGUAUUUAUAGGAUAAAUGACAUCAUAAAUAAAUAUUAAAACUUAUAAUAUUUUUACCCUCUCUUAAUAAGAGUGCGCGAAACAUAUACCUUUUUAUUUUUGUUUUCAACACUGUUCUGAUAAACGAACACGCUGAAUUUUUCUGUUAUCAAACGUGUGAAACGUUUACUCACGAAUUCGCUCGUGAUUUAUUGUAUAAACAUUGUAUUUUCAAAAUGCGUAAACACAAAAAUAACUUUACGUUUAGUAUAUUAUUAUAUUUUGUAAUCUGAUUUUAAAUUUAUAGCGAUGCCUUUUUGUCACUUCGAUAACUUUUUUUUUACGUUAUCGCGGUAGAUAGAUAUAUAUAUAUAGUAGGUGAACUGCAAGUAUAACAAAAUUAAUUUCGAAUAUUGUUUGACAGGCUCAGAAACAGUACCGUAAGUAGAAAACCGUCGUCGGUGAACUAUACAUGGUUCGGUUCUCGAGAGAUUUAUAUUCUGAACAAAUAGUAUUGAACGAAAUUCGCGGGUCCGGGUCAAUUUACCGACACUCAAAUGACCGAUAGGACAUUUGGCCGACCACCAAAAUACCGACCCAAUUAUUAAAUAUCACGGAAAAGCGCUUAGUGUUAUUUUUAUAUUUUGUGGAAUAUCUACACGAGCCGAUUGAAUCGAGUAUAGGUGUAUCGCAUCGAGUAUCGGUGUAUUGUAAUAUCUAACAAUCUAACGCAAUAGUAGUCAAUAGUAUUGACUAAUAAUUAAUUAACAGCAAUAAAUUGUGUUUGUAUGUAUAAUAAAAUAUGAAUAUUAUAUGAUUUUCUGUGGUAUUUAAUAAUACCGUUCCUGUCGAUAAAUACACUAGAUAGCUGUGUAUCAUACAAAAUUAUUUAUGUACUUUUAGAUUCUGAGCGUAGGGAGCUAUUAGUUUUACAAUGAUAUUUAAUUUUUAAAUUUUUUUUUUUCUGUGAACAACUUUUUUACCGAAUAUUUUGAUCCAAUUUUUAAGUGUAGCACUUUUUUUGAAAGGAAAUCUGAUUGGGGUAGUACUUUAGGUCAUAUUUUUCAAAAUAAAUGUGAAAAACAGGUGAAAAACUUAGGAAAAAAGGGAAAAUUUACGAAACGUAUUAUUUUCAAAUCGUAAUUAUUACCGCCUUUCAAAACAUUAUUGAAUUCCGCUCUGAAUCAUUUUUCGUCAGUAAUGAUUAAUCCUUCUGUAUAAAAAUACAUUAAAUUUCGCCUCUUCCUUCUCAACUUCUUACCCACAACAGUGUCCCACCUAUCAUGUAAAGUAUGUCCGUUUGUUUUUUUUUUUUGAUAAUUCUUUUUUUAUAUUUUAACACUAUCCAUAGUAUUAUCAUUACUAAGAUAUUUAUUAUUUUUUUUUUUUCGUAGUUUUUAAUCAAAUCGGUAUUUCGAUUGUCAGUCAUUUAGGUCAAUUGUCUAUCUUCCAAUCUCCCAAAAUACAUACCAAUGUAACCUCAAAAAUUGGAUGAUUAGUUUUUAUUAUGAUUUGUUCACUUUCCAGACUUUUAAAUAUACUAGGUAGGUAUACAACAGACAACGGUUUUUACCUAUAUUUACCCUUAAAACAUUUUUCACCGUCCCCUCCAGAGUAAUAAUUGUAGUCAAAAUAGUUUUGAACCGUGAAUGAGUUUGACUAAUAAAAAUAUUACACGUCGUUUUAUAAUUGUUUCGGCGCGAAUUGUUAAAUUUCAGUACGUUUUCCUAUACACAAAAAAUUAAUGUAGUGUAAAAACUUUAUUAUGAUGGAAAAUUCCCCACUCUCAUCGCGGAACACUAUAACAUAGUAUUUUUUUUAUUAGGUUAAACGCAGCUACGGGUAGCUUAUAUUGUUUUUUGUUGCAGAAUGGGUAUAGGUAUACCUACAGGAAUCUCGUUCGACGCAGAAUUAAUAUAAAAACGUUUAAUAAUUUUCCCGCUAUCCGCUUAUCCAUUCUCGGUGAUGCACGGUCCGGCAUUUAUAGUUUAUUAUUUUGACAUGCAGUGCAGUGGUCCUGUUCGAUUUCUAUUUCGUUAGUCUAAUAUUGUCCUAGUCUCGAAAUCAAUUAAUUUGUCCGGUUCGAUUUUUUAAAAAAAAAAAGUUUAUUGUUCUACGGUAUAGACUAUAGAACAUCAAUAUUAUUUUUAUACCACCGGUUCCUAAAGCGUGUGCCGUGUCGUCAUGUGAAAUCUUAUUUUGUCUAAAAAAAUUUUAAAAUCAAACGACGGCGGAAACAGCCAAAUUUAGUGGGUGUCACUAUUAAUUAUUUGGUUUUUUUUUUUUUUGCAGGAGCUUGGAACAGUCCAUGUUCAACAAAGCAAACGAACUGCAAGAGGAAAUCAGUAGCAAGAGAUUCGAAUAUCGGAACGCACAAAUACACCUGGCUGCCGUUAAGUCACAGGUAAAAUUAUUGCUGUAUGUAAUAUAUAAUUUAGGAACCUUUUCCUGUUAAAUAAAAUAGGUACGUGAAAUAAAAAUAGUUUAAAAAUGUUAAAAAAAACACUACGGAUUUAUAGGACUAUCUUAAAAAGUCCGUCAUUCUGGCACCCGCACUUAGGAAUUUUAAAACUAAACCAACGCCAUUAUUUAGCAAGGAAUUUGUAAUAAUUUGUAACCUCUCCCAAACCCGAGAAAAAAACUUUUUUAGUUUUCGGUUGCUGAAACAACGUCACCCUGGCACCUGCAUCGUCUUAAAUUUAUAAAUGUGUAUUUAAAAUCUUAUACAAAAGAGUGUGCCGGAACAACGUCGUUUCAAAAAUCGGAAAAUAAAAAAGUGUUUUUCUCGGGUUUGGGAAGGGUUACAAAUUCGGAAACAAAAGUAACAAAUUAUUACAAAUUCCUUACUGAAUAAUGGCGUUGGUUUGGUUUCAAUCGGACAAGUUUUUAAGACAAGCCCUAGACGAUGCGGGUGCCAGGAUGACGUUGUUUCAGCACCCGAAAAAUAAAAAAGUGUUUUUCUCGGGUUUGGGAGAGGUUACGAAUUUGAAAACAAAGGUUACAAAUUAUUACAAAUUCCUUGAUAAAUAAUGGCGUUGGUUUGGUUUUAAAAUUCCAAAGUGCGGGUGUCAGGAUGACGGACCUGUUUUAAAGGCCGUGGAAAAUAUAUUACAGCAUUGUGUGUACGACGGGGUGAUUUUUUCAUUUUAUAAAUAUAGAUACAGGGUGCAAACAUACUCGCAUCGGUUUGCACAAGAUAUUCCUUUAAUAUUUUCGGUGUAUCGAAUAAAAAUCAACAUAUUUUUCAACAUUUCGCUUAUAUUAUACGGUAUUCUAGGUACAUCCUAUAUACGAUAGGUAGAGAAAUUAUAUAUUAAUAUUAUUUCUAAAUAUAAUCAAAAACAAUAGUUACUACCUAUAUAAAAAUGCAACAAAAAUAGUGUGACAAAUUUACCUAAUACAUGUAUAAUCGACUCCAAAUCAAUAAUAUUUUAGAAUAUUCUUUAACAUUCCCAUGCAUUUUUUCUCCGGAAAUUCGAAUUUAUCAUACUCGUGUUACGCGCUGUAUUGCUUUUUGAUGCUUUUUCAGCAUCAUCGUGAUGAUUUUUUUCUCCACCCUGUAUUUGUGUUAACUAUUCAGUGUGGAAAAGCUGCGCGUGAAAAGUUUUCGCAAAUACAUAAUAUACAAAAGCUUGUAUAUACCUAUACGUAUAUAUAUUUUACGAUUUUCUAGUUCAUUUGACGGGGUGACAUGGGAACAUUUGUUUGGCGUGUGUUUCGCUGCAGACGGCCGGUUCCGCCUCGACCAAACUUAUUUUUUAGUGCCCCCCCCACCCCCAAUAGUCACAAUCAGUUAUAUUAUUUGACUAUAUGUCUACCGUAUAAAUUCACUAAUUCAAAAAAAAAAAUAAUAAUAAGACGUCCUAGGAUAGUGAGGACUUGUGCAACUAAUGUUAAUGGUAAUUCAAUGUAUACCUGUAAGAAACGAUAAACCAUUGCUUACGAAAAAACAAUUCUUAGCGGAGUUCAGUUGAUAGUGAUGCUUUGUUAACAAUAUAUAUGUCAUAUUAUAGUAAAAAUAUUAAAAUGGUUUUCUAUAUUUUCUUUACUAAUGUUUGUUUAAUGUUAUACCGAUUUUCCCAGUUUUCUUAUGGUUGUCUAAGUUUUCUCAUGUUUAAACCAGGUUUUUCACAUUUGCCUAGAAAAUCUAAAUAUAACCUCUCUUACGUACCUUCCCAGUCGUAUUUUCUUUUAAAAACAUUGCUAUCAUUAUAAAUUAGAGCGAAAUUGCUGGUAGAAAACAUCUUUGAAAAACCGUAAGCUUCUUUGCGCCACUCAGAAUCUAAAAUAAUAAUAUUUUAGACACCGUAUUACUUGUAACACAGAACUUUUAUGGAGACAUAACUGAAGAAUUUAUAGUCCCUCAAACUAUUAGCGUAAUUAUCCUAUCGAUUGAUAAAAAACUGAAAUUGUAUAUAUCCACUAGUGACGUGCCCGCAAAUAUGUAA